UAUGAAUCCUGAUUCUACAAAGAAAAAAAGAGUUUAAGGGUGUGAAUAAAAAGAAAAUAUAUCUUGAUAUUUUGGUGUAUUUUAAAACUUGUUUUAUAUUAUUUAGAAUCUUUAGAAUUUUAAUAGAAAAUAGAAUUUUGAAAAACACUGAUUUUCUCCACAGUGUGGCAAUCUGAGGAACCCUAAAUGGUUUACAGUUCACAGUGCAGCAUUUUUAUUACAAUUACAGUGCAGCAGGGACACACAUUUACCUAUCUGUCAUCUAAAUAGGAAGAAUAGAGGGGUGUGGCUCAUUCGUGUGAAACUGAGAACUGAACUCAUUUGAAACAUUUCCCUACAUUACAAAACAACAAAAUGGAAGGGCUCCAGGAUACAGGAGAAUUUUGCUGUUCGAUCUGCGUGGAUGUGCUCAAAGAUCCAGUGGCUAUCCCAUGUGGGCACAACUACUGCAUAGGAUGCAUUAAUGAUUAUUGGAACGAAAAUGAUCAUUUGGAGGUCUUCGGCUGUCCCCAGUGCGCACAGACAUUUAGCCCCAGGCCUGUUCUGAACAGAAGUACCAUACUGGCGGAUAUGGUGGACAAGCCGAAGAAACUGGAACUUCCAGGUGACUCUGAGAUUUGUAGUGAUUGCAUGCCAGAAGAUGUGACCUGUGAUUUCUGUACAAGUAUCAAACAAAAGGCUGUGAAGACGUGUUUGGUAUGCUUGGCAUCGUACUGCCAAAAUCACCUUCGAGCACACAACAAAUCUCCUGCCUUGAAGAACCACAAGCUGAUUGAAGCCACUGUGAUCCUCAACCUGCUAGAGAAGAUCUGUCCUCGUCAUGAAAAAUAUUUGGAUAUGUACUGUCGAACUGAUUAUCAGUGCAUAUGUCCGAUGUGUGUGAUGGAUGACCACAAAGGACACGAUACAGUACCAGCAGCUGUGGAAAGCACAAAGAAACAGAAAGAAUUAGGCAUGACACGUCAGAAAUACAAGCUCAAAAUCCACACUAAAGAAAAGGACCUGCUGGAGCUUAAACAAGCUGCAGAUGCCCUGAAAAGCUCUGCACAGGCUACUCUGGAAAAUGGUGAACAGAUCUUCAAUGAGUUGAUGCAGUCUAUUGAAAUGAGGAAGUGCAAAUUCAGAGAUCUGAUCCAGGAUCAAGAAAGGGCUGCGGAGAGCAUGCUGCAGACACUGGAGCAAGAAAUCACUGAGCUCAAACAGAGAGAUCACGAGCUUGAGAUGCUUCUGAAGUCUGAAGAUCACGUUCAUGUUCUUCAGAACUGUCAUUCCUUCUCUUCCGGCCUUCCUAACCCACCCAUCACAAUAGCUACACUCUCAGAUUUUAGCAAGGUGAAUGAUGCAAUCUCUACUCUAAGGAAGAAGCUUGAAGCUGUCUUUAAAGGGGAAUGGCUCCGGAUCUAUCAAGCAGCUAGAUCAAUGAAGAUCCUUCACUGCACAGUGCCCAAAAUUCGAUCAGAGUUCCUGCACCAUUCCUACCCUCUGCAAUUAAAUCCUUUAACAUCCCACAAGGACCUUCGUUUGUCCAAUGGGAACAGAGAAGUGGCCGUUCAGAGCCAAGAGCAAUCCUGUCCCGACCACCCGGAGCGCUUUGAUUACUGGUGCCAGGUGCUGGGCACUGAGGGCCUGACAGGCUGCAGCUACUGGGAGGUGGAAUGGAGUGGGAUGGGAGUAAACAUUGCCGUCGCAUACAAAAACAUUGCCAGAAAAGGGGAAAGCAGUGAAGCUCACUUCGGUCACAAUGACAAAUCCUGGAGUUUGUUCUGCAGCAGGAGAGGUUAUGCUUUCUGGCACAACAGGAUUGCCAGUAAGAUCUCAGAGCCUGGCUCGUCAAAGAUAGGCAUUUAUCUAGAUCAUAGGGCCGGGACACUAGCUUUUUACAGCAUUGAUGACUCAAUGACCCUCCUACACAGGGUUCAGACCACAUUCACACAACCUCUCUACCCUGGCUUUGAGUUUGUGUGCUGCGGAGCCUCGAUCAAGUUGUGCCAGCUGGAGUGAGGGAAAAAGGAUGGGCCUAUUUGGCAUUGGAAAUUAAAGAACGUGUAAACAAUUAAACAUAAAUUCGACUAAGUAGGCUGUGCAGAAUAUUCAAAUUUUGAUCGAUACUCAUCAGCCGAUAAUUAUUUUCACGUUAUGGUCAAUAACUGAACUAUCAGCUAAUGGCUGAUAUUAAAAUAAUGUGAAUUAAUAAUAAAGUACUAAAAAGCUAAGUGAAUUUAAACAUCAAAAAUCGAUAUAUAUAUAUAUAUAUAUAUAUAUAUAUAUAUAUAUAUAUAUAUAUAUAUAUAUAUAUAUAUAUAUAGAUCAAGAAUGAAUUAAAAACUCUAAUAUAUUGUAUAUAUGGUAGGCUACUUUUAUAUUGUGUACUCCUAAUUGUACAUUAUGCAAAAUAUCUUUUUUUUUAGUCAGCGAAACACUUGUGACACAUUUGUGUCUAUGAUCACGUCUUUCCAUUUCAACUACCACACAGUGAAUUGCUGUUAUUUCUGUCUGUGGAAUGUCUCUUGAGGUUAAUAUUGUCUGAAUGCCUUUACACUUUUAUUCUCUGUCAGUUAUGAUUAAAAAGUAUGUAACAAUCCAAAUAAAAUACAUUUUGCAUUAUA